AAGUUGCCAACUUUGCUUAAUUGAGUAAAUCCAGUUGCAGUUAUUUCUAUUACUAUUCGUGUUCCCGUUUUCUCUCGACAGAAAACCCAUAUCCACAACGAGAUUCACCCAGCGCCACCAUGCCAUCACCUUCUUCCUUUAUCACAACGCUAUUUCUAUGCUGCUUCUUACAGUUAUAUCUUGCUUUUGCCGGUGACCCUUUUGUUUUCUAUGAUUGGACUGUUUCCUACAUCGGAGCCUCCCCCCUUGGAGUCAAACAGAAGGUAAUUGGGAUCAAUGGGCAGUUUCCAGGACCAAUUCUAAACGCCACCACAAACUGGAAUGUUGUUGUAAAUGUCAAGAAUGACCUUGACGAACCAUUGCUUUUGACAUGGAAUGGUGUACAACAUAGGAAAAACUCUUGGCAAGAUGGAGUUUCAGGAACUAGUUGUCCAAUUCCGGCAGGUUGGAAUUGGACAUAUCAGUUUCAAGUUAAAGAUCAGAUAGGGAGUUUCUUCUACUUCCCUUCCUUAAACUUUCAGAAAGCAGCAGGAGGAUAUGGAGGAGUUAUCAUAAACAACCGAGAAGUUAUUCCUCUUCCGUUUGGGUUCCCAGAUGGAGAUAUCACAAUACUUUUGAGUGACUGGUACACUAGGAGUCAUAAGGAUCUCAGGAAGGAUGUGGAAAAUGGGGUUGAUCUCGGAGUCCCAGAUGGAGUUCUCAUUAAUGGAUUUGGUCCUUAUCGCUACGAUGACACACUUGUCCCAGGUGGAAUUUCCUACCAAAUAAUAAAUGUUGAACCUGGGAAAACAUAUCGCUUCAGGGUUCAUAAUGUUGGUAUCUCAACAAGCUUGAACUUCAGAAUACAAAAUCACAACUUGCUUCUUGUGGAGACUGAGGGGUCUUACACAGUUCAGCAAAACUAUGAAAACAUGGAUAUUCAUGUGGGUCAGUCGUAUUCAUUCUUAGUUACCAUGGAUCAAAAUGCCACCACAGAUUACUAUAUUGUUGCCAGUCCUCGGUUUGUUAAUACAUCGUGGGAUAGAGCUACUGGAGUUGCCAUUUUGCACUACUCCAAUUCUCAGGGACCUGCUUCAGGUCCUCUUCCCGCUCUUAUAGGUCAAGACGAUCCUUCUUUCUCUAUGAAUCAAGCAAGAUCAAUAAGGUGGAAUGUUUCUGCUGGAGCUGCACGUCCAAACCCACAAGGUUCCUUCCGAUAUGGUGAUAUUACUGUGACAGAUGUGUAUGUUAUUCUUAAUCGACCUCCAGAGCUUAUAAAUGGAAAGUGGCGUACUACACUUAACGGCAUAUCGUAUUUACCACCUUCAACGCCCCUGAAGCUUGCGCAACAAUUCAAAGUUCUAGGGGUGUAUAAACUAGAUUUUCCAAAUAAAUUCAUGAACAGGCCUCCCAAAGUUGAUACCUCCCUGAUUAAUGGCACUUUCAAAGGCUUUAUGGAAAUAAUCUUUCAAAACAAUGACACUACAGUCCAGACCUACCAUAUGGAUGGCUAUGCAUUCUUUGUUGUUGGCAUGGAUUUUGGAGUAUGGACAGAAAAUAGCAGAAGUACUUAUAACAAGUGGGAUGGUGUUGCUCGCAGCACUACGCAGGUCUUUCCUGGUGCUUGGACAGCCAUUUUAGUAUCUCUUGACAAUGCUGGCAUUUGGAACCUUCGUGCAGAGAACCUCAAUUCUUGGUAUCUUGGUCAAGAAGUUUAUAUACAAGUUGUAAACCCGGAGGUUGAUUAUACAGAGAGCUCUUUGCCUCAGAAUGCAAUAUACUGUGGCUUACUUUCCUCCCUUCAAAAGGAGCAAUCUCACAAAUUCGAUUUCUCAAUGGGAUCACCUUUCUGCAGUAAUUCUAGAGUAAUGUUAGCCUUGUUACUCUUAGUACUAAUUGAAAGUUUCUUCUUUAGCAUGUGGAGUGUUGUACUUUAACAUAAUUCCAAUUGUGAAGGUCAUUUUUUUGGUAAUAGGAUAGUAAAUUUAUAUAGGCAUUGCUACCGAAAAGGAAAUUUUUAAGUGUAUUAUAUCUUGGGAAAACUCCUUGCACCACUGUAAUCACCAUUAUAGUCUUAAGUUUUCUUUUUUUUUUUUUAAUUUUUCUGAAUGCUUUUCUUAUAAAGUUUGAG